UUUAAGGUGCAUUGGGGCUAUUUCGAAAAUGGGUAUAUUCCGAAAGUGCAAAAAAUCUACCAAACGCAGCAAUAUAUUCCUGCUGGCAACAUUAGGCAAAGCGCCAUCUUAGAUUUACUUGUCGCGACAGACGUUGCGAGUCGCUCGCGCUAACAUCACGCGAGUGUCAUCAAAUUAUUUAAGAGAAGUGAUUUCGCGCCGAAUUUUGGUGAUUCGGAAUAACCCCAAGAUAGUUUUCUCGAAAUCCUGAGUCAUCAUGCCUCGUACUUAUAUAAAAAAGAAAAAUAAAACAUACACUUCUCAAGAUUUAGCCACUGCCAUACAGAAAGUAAGAAAUGGGGAGCUUACCGCAUAUGCUGCAGCACAAAUGUACAAGAUUCCAAUGACCACUCUCCAUGACCAUGUCAAAACUAAAGAUACUCUUAGACAGAAUGCAGGUAGACCAACUGUUCUACCUGUAGAAGACGAAAAAAAGUUAGCAAGCACCAUCAUAGUCAUGGAGAAAUGGGGAUUUGGGCUCUCAAGAUCAGAAAUAUUGGAGAUUGUGGCUGAAUAUGUACGCGUAAACAAUAUUCAGACACCAUUUAAGAAUAACACGCCUGGAACAGAUUGGUUUAUCAACUUCCGAAAACGUCACGGUUUGUCUAUCAAAAAAGCACAACCCGUAGAAUAUGUGCGAAGAAAAAUGACAGAUCCAUUCGUCAUCGCUGAAUAUUUUGAUUUGCUGAAUAAGACCUUAAAAGAUUUAAGUCUUUUAGAAAAUCCAGAAUCAAUUUGGAAUUUGGACGAAACAUCGUUGUGUCUGGAUCCGACCAAAACAAAAGUGGUCGGAAAAAAAAAUAAACCAUGUGCAAGGACCACCUAUGGAAGUGGAAAGGAAAACAUCACUGUGUUAGCAGGAGCAAGUGCCAGUGGUAAAAAGUUGCCGCCUUUGAUUAUUUUCAAAGGAAAAUUUGUUUGGGACCAAUGGAUGGCUGAUCUUAAUAAAGAUGAUUACGAUUUCGAAUUAACAUAUGCUGCAAGUACUAAAGGUUGGAUGGAAUCAGAAAUUUUUCACAAUUAUUUUGAAAAAGUACUCAUCCCAAGUCUCGGCGAAAAGCGACCCGCCCUUAUAAUUUAUGACGGGCAUUCAACGCACGUCGAUGCCAGGGUUGUGGAGCUUGCGGUCCGAAACAAUAUAACUAUCAUCAAAUUACCCCCACAUACAUCACAUUUGUUGCAACCGCUUGAUAUAUCAGUAUUUAAAUCUUUCAAAGCAAUAUGGGAUGCAAAACUGGUCGAGUGGCAGAGAAGAAACGUUGGUACGAAAAUGCCAAAAAACGUUUUCGCAAAAACUAUGGCAGAUACUUGGCAACAAACGAACCCCGAAGUUAUAAAGAGUGGAUUUAAAAAGGCAGGAAUAUAUCCUUUCAAUGCAAAUGUCAUACCUAUUGAUAAAUAUGAUCCAGACGCUUAUCAAAGAUAUAAGAAAACUUUACUUACCCACACACUCAACCAGCCAAAGACACUCAAAGAAAUAUGCAUUGAAUCAUUCAACAAUCAGUUUGCAACAGCUAAUGAAACUAUAGAAAUAACAGACAAUAAUUACGUUGCCCUGCUAUCAGAACAAUCAAGAAAUAAUGCCCAAAUGUUGCCCUUUGAAGCCAGACACCCGAGCCAAGUACCCGUAUGUUUGCAGAAUUCUAUGCCAACUAAAUCUAAAAUAAAUAUUAUAUCAAACAUAGUCAUAAAGAAAGCAUCACAAAUACCACUUCAAUACCCAUCACAACUCGAACCAUCAGUCUCAUUUGAAGAACUACCUGAACAAUCAAGAAAUGAUACCCAAAUAUUGUCCUUUGAAGCCAGACACCCGAGCCAAGUACCAGCAUGUGCGGAAGUAAUAACUGCAGAUUUAGGAAAGAAAAUUUUAGAAGAAGUGAAAGAAACGAAAAGUAAGAAAAUUGCAACUAAAACCAGUAAAGCUCAUGAUAAACGAAAACGUAAACGGGAACCUUCCUCUGAUACCACAAGUAUAUCCGAUAUCAUCAGUAAUCAUAGCGAUUCUGAUAUUAUUGAUUGUAUCGAUUUUGAAGACUUGGACGAUUGCGAAGAUAAUUUUAAUUUGUACCAGGAGGAGACAAGUUCACAGAAAUCAAGAAAAGAUAGGAAGUGUGUUAUAAACAUGAAAACCGAUAAAAAUAUAACCAAUGAAAAGGUACUCACUGACAAAACUACAAAUUAUGUAUGUUCUAAGAAAGGCAAAGGUAUUGGUAAAAAAAGCAAAGGUAAAGAAAAUCAAGUAGACAAGAAAAAAGAAAAGGAAGUGUUGACUUAUUUUGCAACAGACAAGGAAGACAUAAAUGAGCAGAUUGCAGAAUAUUCUAAUGAAAAACAAUGUGGUAUUCCAGAAAAGUGUCCCCUUCUAAAGGAAUGUUAUGAUAUAAAUGAUACAGUGCUUGUCAGAUAUUUCAUAAGAAACAAAUGGAAAUAUUAUGUUGGGUUCAUAGGAAAAAUAACCAAACAUGGAGAACAUUUUUACUACCUCAUUAACUUUUUGAAAACCACAAGACAACAGCAGCAUAUCACUUUUAUUGAACCUAAAAAGAAAGAUACUGACGAAAUUCCUGAGUCCUUACUAGUAAAGAAAAUAGAAUUACAAAAGAAAAUAGAUCAAGACAAAGAAUAUUACUUGAUCCAUGAUGAAGACACUAUUUAUUUCGACUGA